AUGGACGAGCUAACGGCGUGGGCGAAAUCCCACGGAGCUGCCCUGCACCCAUCAGUCGAAAUCUACAACGAUCCAGCAACGGGAAACUCAUUCCGCGUCUCCCCAGCAAGUGCCGGUGUCAAACCCGGCGAUACGGUCGUCACCUGCCCCCUGGGUCUCACGCUAUCUUAUCUCAACGCCACCACCACACCGAACCCAGGCUUCCACCACGAAGACACACCUCCCUUCCCACCAUCAUUCCUCAAGAGCGUGCCUCCACAUGUCAUUGGUCGCUUCUUCCUCAUCAACCAGUACCUUCUUGGUAAGGACUCGUUCUGGUACCCUUACAUCAGGACCCUGCCACAACCAGAACACCUCCAGUCAUGGGCACUGCCCCCGCUCUGGCCAUCCGACGACAUUGAGCUGCUGGAAGACACCAACAUCCAUGUUGCCAUCACCGAAAUCAAAGCACGCCUGAAGUCGGAAUACAAACAAGCUAUCGCUGCCUUCGGUGAAGACCCCGUCCGCAAAGACUACACACGCCUCCUUUACAACUGGGCCUACUGCAUCUUCACCAGUCGGAGUUUCCGCCCGUCCCUGGUCAUCCCCGCUAGCCGGCAGCACACCCUCUCCCUCCCAGAAGGCUGCGCCAUCGACGACUUCUCUCUACUCCUCCCUCUCUUCGACGUCGGAAACCACUCGACGUUGGCCAAGAUCUCCUGGGACCACCCGGAAGAUGCCGUCGACACCUGCGCGCUGCGAACGCUAGACGCCUACGGCCCAGGCGACCAGGUGUACAACAACUACGGCACCAACAAGACGAACGCCGAACUGAUGCUGGCCUACGGCUUUCGGAUAGACGAAUCAGAGGGUUUGCAUAACGACUACGUUCACGUCCAGAAGCGAGGCGCCGCGCCCUCGGCGGAGGUCGGUGCUGGGUCGGCGACGAAGCCCAGGGACUAUCUCAUCUCCCUGCGGCCGGUGGCGCACACAAGUUCUGUGGCUGCGCGGUUCGUGCAGCUGGUACCUGACGUCGACGCUGAGAAGAUCUUACCUGCGUUUAGGCAUGUGCAGGACACCAUGAUCUGGGACCUAAUCCUGGCGCAGACGACGGAGGAGCACCGGGAUGAGCUGUUGCCGUUGCCGGAUGGCGUCGAGGGUGCUGCGGUGAAUCAAGAGCGAUUAAGAAUGGUUCUGACGGGUCGUGUUCCGGAGGAUUCGACGCCGUUGUUGGAGCAGACUGUGGCAAUUAUUCAAAACAAGAUCUUCCAGGAGCUGGAACGACUCGAUCAGUCUGAGUUUGAGCUGGACGAGUCCGAGGCAACCAGAAAUCAGCUCAUGGCGUGUGAAUACCGGAGGCAGUGCAGGAAAGUUCUAAUGAACGCCCUCGAGUCAAUGGGGAUGACUGAAGAGUCAGCGUGA